ACCAGGAGACGAGUGAAGGAUGCUGCUGUCUGCUCGGGAGAUGAUAUUCAUCGUGUGUUGUAUAUGGGUCCAAGAUCGGCUUCAUGUCAAGGCAGAGAAUAUCAUGUUACAAAAACCAAGGCGCCUCAGUACUACUUACAAAUGGAAAUCUGGUGGCAAAGAUUAUUAUUACCACGCUGCCUAUGCCAAUGAUGGCAGCAAGACCCACGGGGCAGCGAGAAGUGGUUUUCAGCCAGGCCCCUACUGGCAGGGAGACUUGCAAGGGUUCUACACAGUACAUAACAUCACAGUCACCAGCGACGACAAUAAUGCUUUUGCUUCCGAAAUCAGAGAUGCGUACAUUGGUGUAUCGUCAGUUGACAUCAAGUGCCCGGAUGACGAUGUGACCUGGUGUGGUCAAUGGCCGGCAGGUACAUUACCUAAAAAAACCUUGACCUUCAGCUGUUCCCACGUGCAGCCUGUGAGAUUCGUGAGGGUCUGGAGAAACAUCACAGGCUACCUGAAUGUCCAGGAGGUCGAGGUUGAGGGCACUCCGAGAAGAACAAGGGCCGCCAAGUACAACAAGAGUCUGAACAAGAAGCUGUACACACCUCUGACGUCAGUGUAUGCCAUAUCAGCCAGUGACUGUGGUAUCAAGUGUUACAAGACCCAGCCUUGCCUCGGUUUCAGCUACAAUCCAUCUGCUGAUCCAUCCUGUCUCCUUGCGACAUCAACAAAAACGACAACAGCCACCGACUGGGUUACGUACUCCAUCACUGACUGCUCCAACCACAUCACUUGUGACCUGACUGAUCAGUUCAAAUAAUUACCCUUCAUUACUCGAUUUCUAGUUCUAGUACCGGUGCCAGCUUUUGAUGUACGCUCGAACAUGCAAUUUCCAGCAACAUUUCAAAGAACGCCAAACGUCUCUUGCUCAGAAGUUAUUUGAUCAAGGUUUCAUCAUUCAAGACCUCCGUAAAUCUUUUACAUUGUAUUAUCGUAGACAUGCAGAGGACAUUUCCAAAUAUGACACAUCAGUGACAAGAAUGAUGUCCGAUUCAGUUCCAUAUUUUGUCUUGUACCAGAUGUCCCCGUGCUUUUUUAUGUGAACAAUUGGCUUGUCGUUGCAUGGCUUUGUGACGGGUACCACCGGUGGGGUAGGAUACGCUCACCCUUUGGCGAACACCUGGCAUCAUCACUAUUUCACAGGGCGGUCGGGUAGCCUAGU